AUGUCCUUCGCCAUGGAGGACAACCUGGAGUCCGGCUGGGUGUCCGUCCGGCCCAAAGCGUUCGACGAGAAGGAGCGGCACAAAUUCGCUUUCAUCGUGGCCUGGAACGACAUCGAGGGAAAGUUCGCCAUAACCUGCCACAACCGGACGGUACAAAGGCGGACCACCUUCCUGGACCCGCUGCUCGACUGGAGCCCGGCCGCCGACGACGGGCUGCCCGGCGUGGCGUCGAAGCAGGACGGCGGUCGUCCGGCGAAAGUUCGGCCGAAGGAAAAAGUUGACAGUUGGGACCCGGAAGAGCCCGAGGAGGCCCCGCUCUCCCCGGCGGAGGACAGCGAGGCGGGCGGCCGCCAGGACUUCAGCUGGGCCGGCCUCUUCUCCUUCCACGAGCUCCGGGCGGCUCACCUCCAACUGUGCGCGGUCAACGCCGAUCUGGAGCCCUGCCUGCCGGCCUUCCCGGAGGAGCCGUCCGGCGUGUGGUCGGUGCUCUUCGGCGGCUCGGCCGCCUUGUCGGAGGGCGAGACGGAGGCGCUGUGCUACCAGCUGCAGGUGUACCUGGGCCACGCGCUGGACACCUGCGGCUGGAAAAUCUUCUCGCAGGUUCUGUUCACAGACAGCGACGACACCGACGAGUACUACGAGAGUCUGAGCGAGCUGCGGAGGAACGGCUACGAGGACGGCCUGGACAGAGCAAAGAGGCGCUUGCAGGAGGUGUUGGACAAGCACCGGGGCCUGGACAGCAUGGUGGACCUGCUGCGGGUCUACGGCGAGGAGGACGAGGCGUACGGCCACGUGCUGGAGGCCGCCACGCAGCUCUACCACUACCUGCUGCAGCCCUUCAGGGACAUGCGGGAGCUGGCUACGCUCCGGCGACAGCAGAUUAAGAUCUCGCUGGAGACGGAGCGCCUGGGCCCUCGCCGGGUGGACGGCCUGAAAAGGGAGGACGAGGAGUGGCAGAAGAAAGCGCACGCCGCCGUCCUCGCCAUCCAGGACCUGACGGUCAAGUUUUUCGAAACCACCAAUCGGGGGCAGAAAGCACUGUACGAGCGCAUGCGCGCCGACCAAAGGAGGCUGGGCAAGUCGGCGUGGGCGGCGGCGGUGGAGCGCAUGGAGAGGCUGCAGUACUCCGUCUCCAAAGAAACGUUGCAGCUGAUGCGGGCCAAGGAAAUCUGCCUCGAGCAGAGGAAGCACGGCCUCAAGGAGGAGAUGCGGAGCCUUCAGGGUGGCGAGGACGCCAUGCUGCACCUGGACCAGCUGGAGGCGCUGUACUACGAACUCCAGCUGCAGCUGUACGACAUCCAGGCCGAGGUUCUGCGCUGCGAAGAGCUGCUGCUCACGGCGCAACUGCAGAGCCUGCGCAGACAGAUCACAGAGAGGCAGGAUGAGGUGGUGUACUACGACGCCUUCGAGAGCCCUGACGCCAUGGAGGGGCCAGAGGACCCGGCCGGCCCCCCGCCUCUGCCGCCGCUACGGGGUGAGGAAGAACUGGGGGUCCUGCGGCAGAGGACUCGGCAGCUGGAAGCCCGCAGGGGACGCAUCAACACCAAAAAAGUCUACCUCAAAAACAAGAAGGAAAUCUGCAUCUCCAAUCACAAGCAGAAGAUUGGAGAGCGUCAGGGCGUCCUCGCCUCGUCGCUGCAGGUGCGGGAGACGGAGGAAGAGGAAGCGGAGCGGAAUGCACGAGUCAGUCUGGAGAGGCAAAGGACUCUGGACCGACUUCGCAGCCUCAAUCAGCGUUAUCCGGGUCACGUGACCCUGAAGUCCAGUCGUCUUAGGCUGCUUCAGACCCGGCGGAGAGCGGGUCAGACUCCCUGCACGCAGGCAGCCGGCGUCCAGACCGACUGCGUCAUCUCGGACUUGCCGAAACUCUCGGUCCCUCCUCCGGGAGACGCCUACGAGUCCUUACCUGCCGCCCACCCGGAGAACCUGGACUCGCCUUCGCCGUUCCUCUCCCUGCCGACGUCCGUUCUCACCCUGCAAGGAACCCCUCAGCUGCCCCCUCCUCCGCCGCCUCCGCUCCCCCCUCCUCCCCCUCCGCCGCCCGCAUCCAUUGAGCCGUGCCUGGAGUUGCGAUGCGAUCCUGAGCCCGCGUCCCUCCCCCUGUCUCCGGUCUCGCCGCGCUUCUUCGACAGCAGCCAACUGCUGACAGCCAGGAAGAAGCUGAGGAAGACGUCGGCCGAGGACGCCACCCAGUGGAGGAGAGCGAGCUCCCCUAUGGACGAGGUCCUGGCGUCCCUGAAGCGCGGCAGCUUCCACCUGCGCAAGGCCGAGCUGCGCGUCCUGGGGCCCGACCCGGACGACGACGGCGAGAACAUCCUGGCGCAGAUCCGGCAGGGCGUGCGCCUCCGGCAGGUGCGCGCCCCGCCCGAGCGCCCGCGCCGCGCCGAGCGCUUCGCGCACUCGGCCGACGCGCUGACGCGCAGCAUCCACGAGGCGCUGCGCAGGAUCAAGGAGGCGUCGCCCGAGUCCGAGUCGGAGGACGAGGGGCUGCCCUGCGCCGACUGGGAGAACUGAAGCGCUGUGCCAGACCUGCGGCAUUUUUUUUUUUGGGGGGGUGCAAUUUGGACAAAAACGAACACUUUUUGUAUUCCAAGUGGGUUUUGUACAAAUGGACCUCUACACGCAUUUUUGUCACCUGUGUAACUUGACAUUUACCAUUCUGUACUGUUCCUUUAAAAGAGGUCCACAUGGAAAUGCACAUCACACACGCAGGGCCUGACCGAUAAUAUGAGCCUUCUUAAAAUUUAUUAUUAUUAUUAUUUUUUUCUACACGGAGACAAAGUGUUAACAAAAAAAAAUGUCAAUUUUUUCCUCUUUGUUGUAAAGUUAAAAUAGGAAAGGGCAAAAUAUUGUAAAGGUCAAAUCUUCUCCCUGUGAUUUAUAUCGUUAUUGUAAAAGCGUUAAAAUACACCCCCACCCAAAAAAAAGUUAUUUUAUUCAUAAUAUAUUUUAAAAAAUAAUAAUCAGUUAUCAUAGUCUUAUUCUGCCAAAUAUCGACAUCACCAAAAGAAAAAAAUAUAUAUAUAUUGGCACUGAUUGGGGCCCUACUCCCAAGUAUGUGUGUUUGGUGUUUUAAAUGUUUUUUAUUCCACCAUCUAAUACUAGAAAAUUACAUUUUUUUUUUCCCCUCAACUUUUGUCUUUUGUGGGCUGAAUGGCAACUGCCACGGAGAGUGCAGUAUUGAGAGCGGCCUGAGGGGGGCGCUCCAUUUUGUAUGAAUUUACAAAAAAUAAUAACCAAGUUCUGGAGGUCAGUUUUAAACAUUUUAAAGCCAUGAUACACAAGUUCUGGACCUCUUUUUUUUUUUUUUUUAAAGAGGAAUACACAACUUUUGGGUGUGAGUUUUAUUAUCUGUUUUAAAGUCACAAUACAAAAUUGCCAGAACUCAGUUUCAGCAACAAUAUCCAAUAUUUGUAGCUCAUUUUAAUCAGACUUUAAAAAAAAAAAAAAAAAAAUGUUUCGGAGCUCAUAUUGGAACAAUAUGCAAAUUUUGGGCCUAAUUUAAUCAGCCAACUUUAAAAAAAAAAUAGCAAGUUCAGUUGUUGAGUUUUAUUAUCGUACGUUAUAAGUCACACAAACAUGGCUGCUCCUCAACUGCCUUUACACUGAUUCCAGUGUUUUGUCUGCUUUAAGUUUUCCCGCUAUUUUUCCAUUUUUUUUACAUAUAUAUUGAUGUGUUGUGUGUGUGACAUUUGACUGUUUUUUGACAUCCAUCCCCUCGUGUAUGAAAUGUGUCAAAAGUAUCAUUCCGACUAGCUAGCGUAGCAGAGGUUAGCGGAAGAUUAGCUUAGCGUUAGCAUCCUAGCGCUAACAACAUAAUAUUGACUCCAGACGGAGAAAGUAAAACUUCUCCCCGACUAUUUGUUUUCCCAGAGAGAUAACUAUGUUUUUAUUUCAUUUUUAAUAGUGAUAGUCUGCUUUUGUGAUGACUUUUUGAAAGUUUGACAGAGUUUGUACUCGGACCUCGCAGCAGACGUGCAAUAAUGAUGAUGAUAAAAAUAAGCAACGUGUCAAUGCAGACGUCUUGAAAAUAUAUAUCUGCAUGCCUCCGUG